CCUAUUUCCUUGUGCUACAACUCAAACAAACUUUUAUCCACGUCAAGUCAGAGCAAAACUAUUUCAGCUGCAUCAUGCUUUAUCCAAAAUGUUUCUCUGCUGAACCGUGUUUUAUUUUCUAUUUUCAACUUUCCAUUGAUAAGAUUUCUGCUUUUAAAAUCCUACACAAUUUGGGCCACAUAAAGAAUGAUUUUAGAGAAAUCCAUGUAAAAACAAAAAACAUUGUUCAACUAUAAAAACUGAACUUAAGGCAUUUUCUGUUUUCUCUACAUCAAUGUUGAAUUACACAGCAGAAUAUUUUUAGUGUUCCUGUUUUUCAACAGCGCAUCUGCUGCCAUCAUGUUCUGUCAUUAGCUGCUCACACCUUCAGAUGAUAAGAGGAAGGAAACUGAGCUCAUCGUCAACAACUUCUUUAUGCCAUUUGCAUAAAGUUCUGUGGGAAAAUAACUGCCUGUAACUUUGCUCUGCAGACUAAAGUAGAGUUUCUGCCUUUUUAGUUCAUUUAAAGAGAAGAAAGGAGCAGCUAUGAGUUUCUCAGCAGCGAUCCGUGGAGUUAUCGUCCUUCUCAUGGCAGCAGAUGUUUGUGGUCAGAAUGGUUGGGGAGUGACUUAUAGUCGUUCUUCCAUUUGUGCCCUAAAAGGAUCAACAGUGGAAAUGAGCUGCAAAUAUAUUUACCCAGACAAAUACGGCAACAUAAAAACUGUUAUAGAGAAAACAUUUUGGUUUACAAAAGUGAUUAAUGGAGAUUUUGUGGAUCUGAAAGAUGACACAGAUUAUUCAGUUCGUGUGGAAUACAAUUGCACAACGACUUUCUGCUCUCUGAAGAUCUUUAAUGUGAGUCAAACUGACUCACAAGAGUACAAGUUCAGGUUCAUAACAAACCAACAAGGUGGAAAAUACAUGGGUUCACCUGGAGUCUCUUUAUUCGUCAGAGAUCUACAGGUGAAGGUAAACAGAUUAAAUGAUCCAAUCAGGAUCCAGCUGACAUGUCACACUGACUGUCAGCUGGGUCCUCCAGUUUCCUACGUCUGGUUGGAGGAUGGGAAAGCAAACAAAGAAAAUAACAAUAAUUUGGUCCUGUCCUCAUUUAAUACCACACACAGAUAUCAGUGUGCAAUAAGAGGACAUGAGGAUGUUCCAUCUCCUGCAGUGUAUGCUCCACAGACCACCGUUCUGUCAGUGACCCCCUCAGAAACUGUUGAAGGCUCUAAAGUGACUCUGACCUGCAGCAGUGAUGCUAAUCCAGCAGCUAAAUACAACAUUUACAGGGUGAAUGAAGAUCAACAUGGUCAACUUGUCAGCACAGAAAUACAACCAGUCUUCAGCUCCAUCCAGGUCUCUGAUUCUGGGAGGUAUUACUGUGCAGCUGGAAAUGACCUUGGGAGCCGGACGUCUCCAAGUAUCGAUAUUAAUGUGAAAUACGGUCCAAAGAACUGUUCUGUGUCAGUGAACCCCUCUGGAGCAGUAGAGGAGGGAAACCCAGUGACUCUGACCUGUACUAGUGAUGCUAACCCAGCAGCUAACUACACCUGGUACAAGGAGAAUAAAAUCAUUGCUAAUGGGUCUGAGGUUUUUCAUGUCCUCGCUGUCGGCUCUGAGCACAGAGGAAGCUACUCUUGCAAGGCUCAGAACCUGCAUGGAGAAUGUAACUCUUCAUCUCGGUUUCUUGAUGUUCUCUAUGCCCCAAACGUCUCUGUGUCCAUAACUCCUUCAGGAGAGAUCAAGGAGGGAAACCCAGUGAUUCUGACCUGCAGCAGUAAUGCUAAUCCAGCAGCUAACUACACCUGGUACAAGGAAAAAGACAACAAACUCCUGGAAUCAAAUAAAAAUCUUAUCUUUGACUCCAUCAAGUCGAUGGAUUCUGGGCAAUAUUACUGUACAGCCAUAAACAAGAUGGGACAAAACAACUCAAUAGUCAAUGUUGAUGUUAAAUAUGCUCCCAGAUCUCCUUCAGUGUCUCAGAGUCCGUCUGGUGACAUCGUGGUGGGUAGCUCCGUGACUCUGACAUGUAGCAGUGAUGCUAACCCAGCAGCUAACUACACCUGGUACAAGGAGGGAGAGAAGGCACAAAAAGCUUCAGGAGAACGCUUCAACAUCACCAACAUACAAAAUGAACACAGUGGGAACUAUUACUGUAAAGUCCAGAACAAGAUAGGACAUCAUAACACCUCUGUAUCUGUGACUGUUGUGGCAGGGCAAUCAAAGAUAAUAGUCUUUGGGACUGUUGCUUCUAUUUUGCUGAUCAUGAUUUUUCUCCUUGUCUUCUUAAUAUCGAGAAAGUGGAGAACAUCAACACCACCGCCUAAGCCUGGAGGAAACCCCAACAACAUUGAGCAGAACCAAAACAGCCUGUCGAAGUCGCAGGAAGACCUUCAGUACGCCAGCAUCCGGUUCCUGAGGAAGCAGAGAGCUCCUGUGUAUGAAAACUUUCAACCUGGUAAAACCGGCACAGCUGAUCUGGAGGAAGAGGGCGAGCAGAACGUAGAGUACGCUACUGUCAAGUUUGGCCAGAGAACUGAAAACCCAGAACCCGAAGAUGAUUCAAAUGCUUUAUACAGCGUAGUAAAUAAACGUAAACCGGGUAAAUAAUAUCUAUUGCUGUACAAACAUACUUGUGGUCAUAAGGUUGUUCUUUUUUCAUUAUAAUUACCUGCAGCUUAUCAAUCAGCCUCCAGGUAAACAUUAGGAUGGACCAAAAUGCCCAGAGAAUGGACUUUCUGCUUUGAACUUCCCUUUUACACAUAUUGUCAUUAUUAUUAUUAUUAUUAUUGCUGGGAAAGAGGACAAUUCAACAAAUGUUUCAAAUGAAACAAAAAGUGUAACAUCAUAUAUAUAGAGAAGACAUCAUCUGGAACUGCAUCACAACUGGAAACAGGAAACAAAUUGUUUUGACAAAAAAAAGACCUUUCAAUUGGGAACUGGAUGAAAAAAAUAUAUUAAUGAGUGAAUUCUCAAACUUUCCCAAAAAGGAGGAAACGUUGGUGAGAGAUACGAGGCAAUGACAGGAAGUGGAUGGAUUCGCCUCACCCACAGAAACAGUCUUUCUGUUGCAAACUCCUUUUUCCCCAGAACCAUUUCACAGUUAUUUCUGCAUAACACCUCAGCUGUAUGAUGAAUCCUGCCUGUAACAACAACAGGUUUGAGAGUAAGAGCAUUGCACCAGCUCUAGAAGUCAACAGUCAAAAGUCACACCAUUAACGCUAUCAGUACACUAUCUGUACUGAUAGCGUUAGUGUGAUGCUCGAGAGGACAGUGACAAAUGUCAGACCGUCAGCUCCUGAAACCACACACACACACACACACACACACACACACACGCACACACACACACACACGCACACACCCAAACUUGCCCUGUCGGACCGUGCACAAAGUAUAAGACUUGUGGGGUCCAAAUGUCUUAAUACCGUGGGAGUUUUAAGGUGACCACAGGUGUGUUUUUGAAACUAAUGGGGGAGAAAAUUCAUUGUUUUAUCAGCAAUAUGUGUUUUUUAUUCAUAAAAAAAGUGAUGACUUACUGAUGCCAAAUGAACAACAGGUUGUACAUAAAUAAUCAUUUUAACUUCCGUUACAUGUGUACAGUUUGCUUGAAGUAACAAAAACUACUAUCAUAAUAAAAUGAACUGUACUGUGUAUGCUAGCUGCAGCUGUAUUAAUGUGUUGAUAGCCACAUCAUUGAAGCCCAAAUACAUGCGCUUGUGUUAAAAAAAGACUGAUUGUGUGAUCAAAUGUGAGACUUUCAGUUGCUUCCGUUCACUGAUGGAAUAUCUUACCAAGUCAUUGCACAAGUAUAAAACCCGAUCUGAAGCAGAUAUCAUGUCUACAAGAAUUGAAGCUUUUUAUAUUUUUUAUUACAGUUUUUGUCACAAACUGUUGAUUGUAACUGAGAAGAUUUGAUACCGGAGUCCGUAAGUCGGGUGCCGGUUUGUUACGUCUCAACGAAACUGCUGUUAUAGAUUUGUACCAACUUCCCCUUUCUUCUCUGGAUUAAACCACAUAAAUCUUCAUUAUAUAAGUUGGGGUCUUUGUUAUCACUGCCUUCUUCCUUUGUGGCCGUCGCUUUAUGCACCAGUGACUGUGUGCUGUGAUCUGUAAACGCUGACAUCAUUUCACAGCUGCAUUGCGUUUUUUUUCUUUUUUUCUCUCUCUCUUUUAAACAUUUUGCUUAUUGGAGACAUGGAACUGAAUUUAACUAGCGUGACUCACACGCCUGAACUCAUCUGAAAAAGGAAACGCUUCACUAUUGGUAAAUGAUGCCAGCAACGUUCUUGUUUAAACAAUCAGGAUGUGUUUUUCUCUAAUGACCAAAUAAGGCCACCAGCUAAAGUUUGUGUAGAGUACAUCACUUUAACAAUUUUGACUUUACCGCCAUCUUGGCCACAAUGCAAAUUAACAGGAAGGAACUUUGCUCUGAAAUCCACAGCACUUCGUCUGUCUCACUUAGCCUGACCAUAAACCAUUUUAAAACAUCCUCUUUUGCAAGUACAUUUAGAGUUAUUGUACACAUGACAUAUCUGUUGAUUUCACACUCACUAAAUCAAACUACAGAAAUAAAGGAAGUUGUUCAGUUCUCAAAAAACUGGAAGUAGUGUUACAGUUGUACGUGUAUUUUUAAUGUUCCAUAUUUAGAGUACAUGUCAGCACGAAGUGAUUUGCGCUAAUACACAAUACAUCUUUUCUGUAUUUGAGCACAGAUCAUGAAUUCAGUUUAAGCGGUUUUUUUUCAUUGUUCCAUUUUCUUAAUAUUUACUGACCUAAGAAUAAAUACAGUAAUGUUUU